AUGAUUUUUGAAUCGUAUCACCGCGAACUUCUUCACAUUGGACCUCAAACAUUGCUAUCUGAAGUGAGACGUCAAUAUUGGCCCUUACUGGGCAGGGCAAAUGCACGAGCAGUAGUACGACGGUGUAUCAAGUGCAUAAGAGCGUGCCCACGUUUUGAUCAACCGCUAAUGGGAGUGCUUCCGAAAGAUCGUCUUCAAUGUGCAAGGCCAUUUACAAUUACGGGCAUUGAUUUUGCUGGGCCUGUUUACGUACGUAGCGGUUUAAGGCGAGUCCCCGCAAAAAAGGCGUGGAUUGCCAUAUUCGUUUGUUUUUCUACAAAGGCUAUGCAUUUAGAACUUGCUGAAGAUCUUUCUAGCGCUUCGUUUUUAGCUGUUCUGCGCUGUUUCAUGGCCCGGCGAGGAAAAUGUGCCAAAAUCUAUAGUGACAAUGGCACAAAUUUUGUGGGAGCUCAGAAGGAACUUGUAUCGAUGAUGAGAAAAGCUAGUGACCAAGUUAUAAAAGAAGGUAUCGAAUGGCACUUCAACCCUCCCUCAGCACCGCAUUUUGGUGGUCUUUGGGAGAGUGCAGUAAAGAGCACCAAACAUCACUUAAAAAGAGUAAUGGGGGAACACAAGCUUACGAGCACAGAGUUAAGGACUCUCCUUUGCCAAAUAGAAGCUUGCUUAAACUCAAGACCCAUUACUCCGCUUAGCAGUGAUCCAUCCGAGAUGGAAGCUUUAACACCGGCUCAUUUCUUAAUCGGAGGCCCAAUGAUGAUUCCAGAUGAACCAGACAUUUCUGGAGAACCGACAAACAGGCUUAAGCGUUGGAAGUUGGUUCAGAACCUCAUGCAAACCUUUUGGAGUCGGUGGUCAAAAGAGUACCUUCCACAAGUACAAGCUCGCGGAAAGUGGACAAGUAAAGGAACACAACUAAAAAAGGGAGAUGUAGUGAUCAUCAAGGACGACUGCCUACCCCCCACCAGAUGGAAGUUAGGCUUAGUGAUCGAAACUCAUCCUGGAGUUGAUGGAUUGAUACGAGUAGUGACGUUAAGGACAGCAACUGGAGCUCAAAUGCGACGACCAACCGUUAAGUUGUGCCGCUUACCAGCACAGGAAGAGCAUGAUUUGGUUGAAAAUAAAUAA